AUGGAUGUUCUGAUGAUUUAUGUCUACAUUGCCGCCAGUUUGGUGGCUUUCCUGCUCGUCCAAAGGUACCUAGUUCGGGGUGUCCGAUAUGUCAUCAAUCCUCGUCUGAUUUACUUGUUUUCAAAACACCUGAUUCUACCAUACAUAUUCCGGCGGCGACGAUUCUGGGGCCCGAUCACUCGAUUCGAUGCUAUCACUCGCACGAUUUACUUUGCUGGAACUUUUGCAUGCAACAUAGCAGGUGUUGCCAUUCUGAUUCUAUCCUUAACAGUGCUCCCUUGGAUGCGUCGUUGGUGCUACGAGCUGUUCACGAAAUUGCACUGCCUCCUGAGUCUUUUCGUGGUGGUCACUGCAUGGCUACAUUUGAAACAGCGAUUCGGUUUUGACGGAAUUUGCCUGAUUAUCUCCGUUGGACUGUUCUUGCUGAAUUCUGUCAUCUGUGUGCUCUGUCAGACGUUCCGUAAUGUCGUGGCUGGCCAACAGUUCGCAGUGUCUGAUGUUAUCAAACACAAGGAUGCGGUUGAGCUAACUUUUCGGCCUCCUCGUCCUUGGAGAGCGCGUGCGGGUCAGUACGUUUAUAUCACAGCCCCAGGUCUUCGACCGCUAUCCUUCGCUGAAUCACAUCCUUUUACUGUCAUUUGGUGGGAAUGUGACCCAGAUGGUAAAGUCAUCAAUAUAUCUCUCCUUGCAAAAGCCGAAACAGGGUUCAGUAGGGCUUUGUAUACUAGCCCUUACAGCCGCCUGCGCAUCUUAAUAGACGGUCCAUACGGCGAGUCUUUGAAUAUACAGGGUUACACUUCUGUCGUCGCGGUUGCCACCGGAAUUGGGAUCGCCGGGCAGCUACCCUAUGUCAAAGAAUUUGUCGAAAGAAGACUCCCUCAAACUACCGGCCGACAGGCAUCUCACAACAAAAGAAUCUUACUGAUAUGGAGGCUUCAAGAAGAAUAUCAUGAGGACUGGAUUGUUGAAUGGAUGGACAAACUCCUAGAUGAAGAUGAGAAGUCGAUGGCUUUGAGUUAUUCCCUCUAUAUCAUGAACAAAUCACAGAAGGAAUACCAAGAAGGGGAGAAGGUUCGCAUUUCUCGCCGUGGGACGGUAUUCUACGGAAAACCAGAUCUUGAGGGAAUUAUACAUAGAGAAUUAGCUAUGUCUAAUGGAAGAAUGCUUCUGACUGUUUCCGCUGAUCCGGAUACCCGGGACGAAAUCAGACGCUACGUUAUAGAUUCAGACGGAAUCGAUUUACAUGAAGCCGAUUACCAGCCACAUGGUGAGAAAGGAGGAUUUUGGGCACUACAGAAGCCUGUGAAUCAUUUUGGAAUUGCGUAG